UCCUAUUUCCUCCAUUCCUUUGCCAGUUUCAACUGCACCUGCUUCCGUUCCUGUGUUGGUUUCUUCAUCUUCUCCUUCCAUCCCUUAUUUGACUCCUAUGACUCCUGUUGCUGUGUUUAAAUUUUCUACUACUCCUCCUUCCAUGGCUUCUCCUCCCUUCGUUCAGCAUACAGAGGCGGGUUCUAGCAGUAGAACCAUGGCUAUGAGAAGUGUUACUCUUGAAGUUUCUGCCAACCAUAGCCUUUUGAGAAAGACUGGUGGAGCUGAUGUUUGGCUCGAGCCUCUAAUCGGUGAUAUUGAUAAGAAGAAGAUGGAGAGCCACAGCUGCCUGACUUUGAUGAAUGACAUAGUUCAUUCUACUUUGAAGGCUAACCUCAUUGGUACAGAAUUGAUGGGAAGAAUUUCCCUUCUGGAAAGAAAAACCCGUGAGUCUAAAAAUCUAUCCAUGAGGCCGAGAAAAUAGCCAGGGGAGCCCAGCUUGAAGCAGCUAAUUGGAAAGAACAGUUUGAGAAUGCUCAGGGGACCAUAGAGGAGUUGCAAGAAAGUAGAAAUCUCCUGGAGCAGCAAAAGCAUGGUUUGACUCUGAACUAGCAACUGCCAAGGCUUUUUCAAGCCAAUUUAAAAGAGAUAAAGAGCUUUUGGAGUGCUCAUUGUCAGAACAAUUAUCAAAGGCUAGUGAAGAAGUCAGGGAGCUUAAGGCACUUUUAGCCAAGAAAGAAGAGUAUGCAGGAGAAUUAGUGCAAAGCUUGACUUACAGACCUCCUCUGACGAGAUUCGAGCUUUGAAGAGUUCUCAUGCCUCCCUUGAAGCUUCCCUUGAUUCCCAUUUAGCUGAACAUCAAAUAUUGAAGAAUGAUCUUGUUAUGUGGGAAAUGGAGUAUGGACUUCUGGAGGAGAACUUCAACAUAGAGGUAAGUUGGAUUUUCCUGAAAUAUCGCCGUGAUGCUUUGAUGGAAGCUGCUCAGGAAAGCUUCGAUUUUCAAUCUGAAUUAGCCAAAGUCUUAGACACUAUCGAGAAAAGUCAACAACCUGUUGAUACUCCUUCUCCUGCACUUGAAGCUCCUGGAACGGAAGAGCUUUUAAAUGAAGAAGUGGCUACUGCAACAAUUGGGGUUGCAAUUCAGGCUCCCGAGGGUGAAACUUCUAUGACACAGUCCAUGGAAGCUGAAGCUCCUGUGACUCUUGCUUCCCUCGGUGAUUUCAACAUUCCAAGCCCAAUUAAAAUUGCUCCUGAAAAUGAAAUUGCAACUUCUGAUGUUCCAACCCCUUCAGUGACUAGUUAAAUGUAUUUCAAACUUUACUGUUGCUUUUGUUUUUAUUAAUUGGUGGUGUUAUCCCUUGACAACUUUAAGGGAUCUUUUGACGAAGUCCCCAGUUAUCAUAAUGGGGCAUUUGUAAAAAACAAAUAUUUUGCUGACUAAGUUUGUACUUAGUGUUUUACAUUAAGAAGUUUUUAUUGGUACUUCUGUAUAUUUUAUUCUUGCCCAUUUAUAUAGGACUUAUAGAAUAGCUUAGCAUUUUUAUCCUUUUAAAAUGCUUUAUGAUUCUUCUCAUGGAUUAUCAACAU